AUGGAGCUAGGGGGCAGCUAUGGAGACAGUGACAGCGAGGACGAGCUGUUGGAUGCAGAAGACGCCGAGGCGUUGCAGGACCAAGUGCUUGCAUUCAUGCUUGCGCUGCUUGAUUAUAAGCUACCUAGCACUAAGUUUAAGAGUGGCUUUAUAAGUGGCAUGGCAGUGCUAGGAGUUAGCGCAGACAGGGGAUGGCUAGAUGCGCUCACGUAUACGCCUAAGCAGUCUGCUGUUGUCGCUAUAUCGCGCAUGCUUGAGCGGACAGCAAAGGUGGAUAAGCUGGUGGCUGGUGGAUACAGUGAAGAGGCAGCUAGCAGGAUCGCACCGACGCAUCUCGAGCUGGUGCAGGACAUGGGCUACAGGUUCAUGGUGCUAGCCGAGUUCAACGGGCAGCCGACGCCCAUGGAUUCUGUCUUGCGGCUGCGAGCAUUUGGCUUCACAGCCCAGUUUAACACCAAUGCGGAGGGCCUGGAUAGUGAGGGCGAGGUGGUGCCUAAGACGACGCCGUGUCCCGCGAUUUACUGGGACAAGCUGGUGGACAAUGCGGCUGCGCAGCAGGCUGGGUGGAGUUUUAUGGAAGAUGGGCGCAACUGCGGGGCUACUAGUGUACAGGACCCCAAGCGCUGGCUAGCAGGGCGUGUUUAG